AUGCAGUUUGAAAGGGUUCUCAAAUACAUCGACAUUGGUAUAGGAGAGGGAGCAACAUUACUCACUGGAGGAAAGCCGUGUGGAGAGAAAGGUUACUACAUUGAACUGACGAUAUUUACUGAUGUCAAAAAUGAUAUGAAGAUUGCACAGGAUGAAAUAUUUGGACCAGUGAUGUCUCUCAUAAAGUUCAAAACUAUUGAGGAAGCAAUUGAGAAAGCCAAUAGCACAAAAUAUGGACUGACAGCAGGCAUUGUGACCAAGGAUCUCAACACAGCUAACAGAGUAUCGAGAUCGAUACGUUCUGGUGUUAUAUGGAUAAACUGCUACUUUGCUUUUGACCGGGACUGUCCUUAUGGAGGAUACAAGAUGAGCGGCUUCGGUAGAGAUUUGGGACUCAAUGCACUUGAUAAAUACCUUCAAGUUUAG